AUGUCCACCCACAAGAUUCAUCAUAAAUUUAUUGAUGAGGAAAAAUUCCACUUAGAACAACCACCAUUAGUUUGCAAACCCAAAGCUACAAAAUGUCCGGGUUGCAAAAAUCAAUAUAAAAGAUGCGCAGUGUGCAAACGCCAUAUUAAGAAGCGCUACUGUCUUCAAUGUAUCCCAGGACCUCCAGGACGGCCAGGACCCCCAGGGCGGCGAGGGCCUCCAGGGCCUCCAGGGCCAUCAGGGGAAAUGGGUGAUCAAGGACCUAAAGGGGCAACAGGUGGUCAAGGGGCGACUGGACCUUCAGGAGAAAUAGGUGACCAAGGGCCUAAAGGAGCUGGUGGUGACAGAGGUAUCAGCGGGGAUACUGGUGUAGAAGGUGACCAAGGGCCUAAAGGAGCUGGUGGUGAAAGAGGUAUCGGUGGACCUCAAGGUGUAGAUGGUGACACCGGAACUAAAGGAGCGAGUGGUGGCGGAGGUAUCACUGGGGCUAAUGGUGUAGACGGUGACACGGGACAUAAAGGAGCUAGUGGUGAAGGAGGUAACACCGGAGCUAAUGGUGUAGACGGUGACACCGGACAUAAAGGAGCUAGUGGUGAAGGAGGUAACACUGGAGCUAAUGGUGUAGACGGUGACCAAGGGCCUAAGGGACCUCCAGGUAUGCAAGGUCCCGCUGGGUUUCAAGGUGUAGAAGGUGAUCCGGCUUAA